AUGAAGUCCUCCGUGCUGAUGACGGCGCUCUGCGUCGCCGGCUCCCUGGCGGCCGAACAAAUCAGCCCUCCAAAUGAAGUCGUCGUUACUGCAAAGAAGGUUGUAGUUGUUACUACGACGGUGACAACCACCAUCCCUUGCCCGACGGUCAUACCAACCACUUCGUACAAGCCAGAGCCGACUUCCAAGCCCCCCGUUAUCCCUCCUGUGCCGACCUCGUCUGCAGAGCCUCUCCCACCACCUCCUGUUGAGCCUUCUACGAUUCCCUGUCCUGAGCCUGGAACAUCAACCUACGCUCCUCCUCCACCACCACCGCCGCCUACUUCUGCUCCUGCACCACCAGCACCACCACCACCACCACCUUCCUCUGCUCCUGCACCACCAGCGCCGCCGCCAUCGCAGCCUUCUCAGGGCCCUGCACCUCCUCCUCCACCGCCAGGGAAGGACUAUAAGGAGGUAGCUGGCUACCAUCACAACGUUCACCGUUCCAACCACUCUGCUCCUGCUCUCACCUGGUCCAGCGCUCUGGAAAGCAGCGCCAGAAAGCUCGCCGAGAGCUGCAACUACGGCCAUGACACGAGCAUUGAUGGCGGUGGAUACGGCCAAAACAUCGGAUACCAGUCCGGAUACAACAACGUUGCUGCUCUCCUUACCGAACAAAUGUACAACGAGGAGGCCAUCCUCUUUGAGGGCAACUAUGGCAAUAACAACCCAUCCAACUUCCAUUCAUGGGGCCAUUUCACCCAGAUGGUCUGGAUUGGUACCACCCACGUCGGCUGUUUCACUGCCCAUUGUUCCAAUCUCGGGGGCCAGGGCUCUGGUGGAGACGCCUAUUACACUGUUUGCAACUACAGCCCUCCUGGUAUGUAUACCUUCAAUUCAAUUCCAUCUCAUGUACAGAGUACAAUGCUAACGAUAUAUCGAAUAGGAAACGUCCUUGGCCAAUACGCUGAGAACGUCAAGCCUCCAAAGGGGCAGCCUUACAAACAUACCUUGAAAAGGGAUAUCAGCGCAAUUGCCAUAAAUGCUGUCAUCUACCAAGGAUAUCAUCCUCCAUCCGCAAACCGGGGUUCUUCAUGGGAUUGGAUCUUGACCUACCUUCAUCUCCUUAUACCGCUUCUGCCCCUGGCCGUUCCUCUCAGGGGCCUUCAUUUGUCCAGUCGUUUCCUCCUUUCUUCUAGACUUGACAACAAAAUUCCGUUCGAUGUUUUACCUUCUUCUUUUACCCCUUUUUCCAUCUUUUAA